AGUCUCUAGAAUAAUAGGUUCGGAGAAGGAUCUAUUUUUCAAGAAUGUUCUAAAUCACUAGAAAUAUGAAGACUUCCGUAUAUUUUUUAUUUGCGUGUGCAACUAUUGGUUUAACAUUCGCUAGAGAAGAAACCACAGCGUUGCCGGUGUCAGAGUAUUUAGAAAAAAAGCUCAGAGAAAUUAAAGUUGAUAUUGCAAAAUCUCGCAGUCAAGAUGCAGUGACAGCUGCUGCUCAAAGCUACGAUGUCCAGUGGGAACCAUUAUGGAACCGAUACGUUGACUCAGAUAAUCCGUUGGCUCUUAGUCUUCUCAAUGAAACAUUUGUUCUUGCUGAUAAACGGGUACUUCGUGUCGAACUACAGAAGUCGGCGAAAUUGCGGUUGCGUGAAGUAGCCUUGUUAAAGGAUGAGAAGGCUACUAAGUUUGUCAGGAAUAUAGCUUGGAACGGACUUCUCUUUCUUCUUAUCUGCCAAGAAAAUGAGUAUUGCAGUCUUUACGUUGGCCCAAACGUGAACGAAUUGCAUCAUAGGCAGUUUGUUGGUCGUAAAAAUAUUCUCACUGAUGCCAGAUUCUUCACCCAAGAAAAUCAGAUGUAUUUAAUCGUAGCUUUUAAUAGCGGCGAGUUUACGGUGCCGUCUGUGAUUUAUCGUUGGACCGGAACUUACAUGGAUGUUAUCUUAGAGAUCCCUACAACAGGAGCUGUAUCCGUUACAACUUUCAAUUACAAACAGUCAACCAUUAUUAUCGUUGCUCAAAAUGUUGAACAACAACCAAAAAUCGGCUCACAGGUAUUCAAAUUUAAAAGUGGAAUGGUUGAAAAGACACAAUUUCUGGCUACCGAUGGCCCCAUAUUCGUCCAUCACUACGAAUAUGAAGAGAAGAUAUUUCUGUUAGUCGUCAACGAAGUUAGUGCGAGCGCAGUUUUUUGGUGGGAUGGCAAAGAGUUUCUUAAUUGGAUGGAAUUACCAGAGUUAAAAUCACCGACAAAAGUAGACAUUAUUAAUAUGGACCCCGAUACUUUUUUGCUUGUCUCUGAACAGAACACUUUGUCAGUGUACAGAAUUCAAAAUCUCGCUUACACCAGACUCAAGUUGUUGGAAAUGAAAAAUGGUUACGUAAUAAAGGAUUUUAAUGCUCGCGUGGAAGGAAAUUCAAUCUAUCUUUUAUUAGUUAGAAAAUCUGGUGAUGAUUUGUCUCUCAUAGAGUCUAUGGAAUUGGGAAUCACGAGAUUUAAUCAGGGGGGAUCGAUCACAGAAACCGACAGUACUUUGCAAUAUUUAAUGCAGCUUGAUCAGUUGCUACGAGAACGUAUGCCAGCCAUUGAAAAGGCAUAUGAAUCCUGGCCAUCUCUCCAUCCAUUCUCGGAAGAUGUAAUCGUAUCUUCUCCUUUAAAAUUAGAUGAAGUUGUUAUAAAUUCUGGAUCGAUUUCUGAUUUGAUCAUCUCAAGUUCAUCGGAGGUCUUCACUCCUACAGAACUUGCCAGUGGCUUAGAGCAAUUGAAUGCUGAGGCAGAUUCCCUUAUUUUGCAAUCGAAGAAUCUUUUACUUGUCAAUGAAACUGCGAAACUGGUAGGGAAAGUCAUUGUAGAAGGAGAUGCAUACUUUGACGAAAUGCACGUUGACUCUUUGACGGUAAAAACUUUGAACGGACAAAAAGUUGACCUUGAUGAUGUCCUGUCUUACACAAAGGAUCAAGACUUUGACGAACCUCUAAGAGGCAGUGAAGUAACGAUAGAAAAUUUAGAGAUAGAGUCUCAUUGCGGAAUCCCAUUUCGAAAUUGGCAGAAGGUCGAUGACACCGAUCAAACCGUGCUAGACAUAUUUACAGGCGAUGUCAAAAUCUUGAAUGACACAAUUCUUGUUCAAUCAAAUCUAUCAGUGGGUAAUCUUGGCCUUUCAAGGCUGAAUAAUAUACAUCUAUAUACUUUUCUGAAUGAUUUGUUCAUCAUUGGUAGGAACCAAGAGAUUAAAGGGAACAUUAUUUUCAAACGAGGCCUUACAACUAAUCACUUGAAAGUUGAUACUUUGAAUAGUAUAAGCGCCGAUCAUCUCUUGACCAGAACCACCGACCAAAUAUUAGGAAACAUGACGAUCAAAAGUUUGGAUGUCGAAGAUCUUUUCGUAACAGCAAUUAACAACGUUCCAAUUAAUGAUGCUGCUAGAAUAUCCAGGGAAAAUGUCAUCUCAGGACAAGUUACCUUCCGGAAGUUCUUAGUAACUGAGGAGUUCGACUGCGAAGGUGUUAGUCAGAUUAUCGACCUCAGACCUUUACAAAUUUACAAGAACGUUCAGAUAGAUGGAAAUGUGGUGAUAAGGGACUUGAAAUUGAAUCCUGGCAGUUCUUUGUAUCUAAAUGGCGUUCAAGUUGACGUUGAUUUGUUGUUCAAAAACUACUGGUCCAAGAAUUUGGAUCAGAGGAUUAAUAAAGAUGUCACUCUGGCUGGAGGAAUAACUAUAGAUGAUCUCCAUGUGAAGUAUUUAAAUGGUUUAGAAGAAGAUGACAUUUUGUACACAACUGCGACAGAGAUACCAGAAAAAUUCGGGCCCCUGUAUUUUAAAAGAUUUGAAAACCAAGGUGCGAUAAUCGCCGAAAAUGGAAAACUAAUCGAAUCUAUCGAGACACACGGGACUUUCUUUAUCAAUCACAAGGUCCGGAUUAAAGAUCUUAGAGUGCGAAAUUUGAACGCCCAAAGUUAUAAUAGAAUUCCCAUUCAGGAUAUAGUCAAUGAAAAUAUCAACUUCAUUCGCUUACCUGGAACUACCAGAUAUGAAACUCUUGUAGUAUCGAAAGAUAUCGUUGUAGGCAAGCUUAAUGCUGAAUAUUUGAAUGAUCAUAAUCUGAUUGAUUUCUUUGAAAAAGCACUCUACUUGGACAAUAACUAUGUGCUUGAUUAUCUGGAGCUAGAUCGCCUCGAAACAGAUAAUUUCGAAGUUCAGGAACUGAAUAAUUUGAGAAUGGUCGACUUUUAUAGAAUGCUGAUGUACAAGGAUAUUACUGCAAUAAAAAACGUGACCGUUGAAGGAGAUCUUCUGGUUACCGGAAACCUGAACGUCGAGAUCAUAAAUGAUUUAAGAUCGGCUGAUUACAUGGAAAGAUUAUCCAGCGAUGAUAUACGUUUGAAAGACCGAUUUGAGCUCGAAAAUUUGGAAAUAUUUGGAGAUCUAAACGUCAGUCAUCUGAAUGAUAUCAAGAUAGAAGAGCUUGUUGCUAAUACGUUGUCCAGAACGAAGCCCCAGAUAAUCACCGGAUCUUAUUCUUUCCAAAAUAUUGAUACAGAGUUUUUGAUAUCCGAAAAAAUUAACGACCACAACGUCGACGAUUUGCAACUCAUCAGCGAUCCGUUGAUCAUAAAUGGGAACAUCGAAUUUUCGAAUCUUGUCGUUCGUGGAGAUAUUGUUACCGGAUACGUCAACGACCUUGACAUCUCUGAGACCUUUGACAACGCUCUGCACAUUCCUUUUACCGAAAUUGAAAAUCUUAUAAUAAACGGGAGUUUAUCUUGGCAGAAUUCGUCAAAAGAUCCAAAAUCACUUUCUUACAUUUUUGAAAAAGCGGUGACGAAAAACACCAACCAAACUAUCGAUGCGGAAGUUACGUUCGAAAGUGAUGUAUGCGCCUUCAGAUUAACGUCCCCGCAGGAUAUCGAUGGUAUAAAUAUUACUGAGAUUGUAUCCGACGCUGUGAUCCCGCGCGGACAGCCGCUGCUAAUUGAGGGACCCAAAUAUUUUAGCAAGGGUUUAACUGCUAAAUAUUUAACCGUAUCUGGAGAUAUCGGCAUUGAUUACGUUGGUAACUGGAGUAUAUUGUACCUGAACAAUACGAUAGUCAGAAAGUUUGAAUCCCAAGUUAUAUCCGAGGCUACCGUAUUUUGCAAUAACGUUACUAUUGAGAAAUUGGAAGUGGCUGGUAAAGUACACGGCCUGGAAACCCAAGGGAUUUGCACUGCCGGGGGUGAUUUACCGAACAACGUGAAAUUUUUGAACAUCGAAGUUCAGGAUGACCUCUCUACGAAUAAAAUUGACGACGUUGAGUUCAAAGAAUUUAUUAAUAAUCGAGUUACGCGCGAUGGAAACCACGAAAUUUAUGGCGAUGUUAUAUUCACUCAGCCAGUCGUCACUGAAAAUGCGGUUCUGUCUUCUAUAAAUGGUACCGAGUUCUCCGAUAUCGUGCUAAACGAAGCUGAAGAGAUUCAAGUAAUAUCGAGCGAGAAAACAUUCCAAAAUGACCUCAUUAUACAUGGGAAUAUUACCGUCGAUACGAUCAAUGAAAUGAGUAUUACCGAAGAAUAUGAAAAUGGUGUUUUUAACAACGAAGAUAUCCACAUUCGUGGAAACAUUGUGUUCUCAGCAGAUUUUGAAAUCUCGUCAAAUAUUUCUGUGUCCGAAUCAAUAAAUGGCGUUAAUUUGACACAAAUAUCGAAUGACGUGUCUCUGGAAGCAAGAUCCAUAUUGGCGAACUUGGAAAGCAGUCAAUUUUCGAUCGACAGGAAGAUAGACAGCUCUAUAAACGCUAGUAGAUUUCUGCCAGAUGUUUUCUACUAUUUUGAUGAACAACCGGAGCUAGUGAUCCGCGCCCCCAACAUUCAGAAGGUCCAAAGCCUCACCGUCGAAUCCAUGGUCAAAUUAAAUCUCUAUGGUGCGAAGAAAGGUCGACAUUGUGGCCUACCAGAUUUCUGUUCCUGCCCCGAUCAGUAUGUCGCAGAGCUUCUGGACCAUGAGUGCAAAAUAUGGAAGAUCGAUGGUUCACGAAUGAUCUAUAACUUCCACGACCCAAAUGGAAAAUUUGGCGUGAACGUUGUCAGUAAUACAACAUCCAGCAGCUUAUCAUGUACUCAGGAUGAUCCGGUGUCAGAAUUCACCAGCAUAUCUUGGAUCACUGCGGGGAAACUUUCGACUGGACAUUUGUCGGGGCAGAUAAAAAACGAUUCCACAAGGAUAUACGGAUAUCUAAGCGAUGCUGCAACCUUCAAAAUUGCCAAUAAAAUCUACGUGAUUUUGGCCAUUUACUACGAUGCGCGGCUGAGAACUCACGAAACCUAUUCUUUGGUUUAUGAGAUAGACCUGGAUAGUAACAAAUUGAAAUUAGCGCAGACCAUUUCGACCAAUGGAGCCGUUGCUUUGAACAUUUUUAGUACCGUAUCACACGGGCUCUAUCUUCUAAUUGCUUGCGAACGCAAUCCGGUGAACUCCCAACUGCAUCAUUUUGAUAUGCUGAAUUCCAAGUUCGAGCUAUUGAGAACUUUCCAAACCGGGGGAAGCCGAAACGCUAAGAGUUUGAUACAAGAAGAAGAGAUGUUCGUACUCUUAGACGAUCCAGUAGCGAAUUCAGUUAAUAUAUUUUCUUACACCCACGAGUUUGACAACUUUCAUUUUUAUCAAAGCCUGUACCAUGAUUCACCGGUGAACAAUAUUGAAGUAUUCUAUUCGGGAGAACCUGGGUAUAGCGAUGCCUUUGUGAUUGUGACUACCGAAGAAGCACAGUUCUUUGUAUAUGAAUACAUGUUCUUUGGGGGUUUUCAAUUGCGCGUACAGCAAUGGCUCGAUGGCGUUCGAACUAUGGUGCCAUUUCGCUAUGCUAACCGUCAAUACAUUUUUGCUGGUACCGUUACAAACAGCACAAUUUACAGAAUCGUUCAACAGGGCCCACAAUAUUCGUACCCCUAAUUGUCGAUCAUAUUUCAUGCAUGCUGAUAUGAUUGUGGUAAUCGUUGGGAUAGAGGAAGUCAUAGGAAAUUAUACACUUGUUACUUAAAUUAUGAAUAAUUUAAAUAUUUAUUGUUAUUUAUACUAUAUGUUGUUCUUUAAUUAAUAUAUUUGCUACCGUUGAAUGCUAUUAUACGUGCUUUCUAAAUUCACGAAAUAU